GGCUGCGUCUUCUUUUCACUAAUUGUGAGAAGAGAAAGAGAAGAGAAGAGAGAUCGGAAGAAGACGGAGGUAUGGAGGGAGGAGGAGUAGGGGAGAAGCCAUUGAGGCGAAUCGCGGAGGCAUUCGAGGGCCUGGCGGAAGCCGCCAACUGCAAGACGGCGUCCAUGGAGGUCGCCCCCUUCUCCCGCGCCUGCUCCCACGUGUCCGUCCUCUUCGGCUGCUUGGGCAUCGCCUUCAAGUUCGCCGAGAUGGAUUACGUCGCCAAGGUCGAAGAUCUAUCUAAGGCAUCGAAUUCUAUCUCAACAUUGCACUCUUUGCUUGAGUUAGACAUUCAACAGGACUCUGUGAGACAAGCUGGUAGCCAUUCACGUAAUUUGCUCAGAGUCAAGCGUGGACUUGAUAUGGUCAAAAUUCUGUUUGAGCAAAUUCUAGUAACAGAUGGAAAUUCUCUCAGGGAUCCAGCAUCAAAAGCUUAUGCGAAGGUAUUUGCUCCUCACCAUGGAUGGGCCAUAAGGAAAGCAGUUGCUGCAGGAAUGUAUGCCCUACCUACAAAAGCACAGCUAUUGAAGAAACUAAAUGAAGAUGAGGCAUCAGCGAAGAUUCAGAUGGAGUGUUACAUCAGAACAUCCGCUCCUGUCAUUGUCUAUAUCGAAGAACUAUUCAACUCAAGGCAACUUGGCAUAGAUUGGUGACCUGAAACGAUAUCUUCAUGUUCUCCACUCAUUCAGCUUCCCACUGCUAUUGCAUCUCUUGGUUGACAAUAAACACUCAAGGCGUCGGCGUGAUGUCAACGAUGUCUUAGCUAUUUUGAUUUGGUUGUUUAAGCAUGCAUGCAUUUGGACUGAAUGUUUUCAGCUCUGUGAUAUUGGAUAUAUACUAUUUACACUCUGGGAAGCAGUAGGAGAUCAAAAUGUUGCAUAUUGUUGAAUUGUUGUAAAAUUUGUGCAUAUCUGCCAUUUAUUAU